CCAUCUUUCCGUUACAUCUGAUUGGCUGCCCAGGAAAAGAAAACACAACUUAGCUUGAAAACUUGAAAUGGAAAGAAAUUUGUACAUUAUUAUUGUUAUUAUUAUUAUUCUUACUAUUAAGAUUGAUAUACUUGUGAGUUCCAAGUUCCACUUAAACUCUGUCUCAACUGCACCGAACUCCGUUGUUCCGUUCCCCUAAAAGUUUCUCAAUUAUGAUUCGUUUCUUUUUGGGGUAGCCGAAACAAUAACAAAAAGCAAAGUUUCCUACUCGAUUCAACCCAAGCAAAUUUUGGAUCCUUAUUUCCUACUCGAUUUCUCAGUAAGCAAACGGAGUGUAAUUGCCUGUUUGGGCCUUGGUGGCUGUGGGAUUAGAGAGAAGAAAGUUUAAAUUUUGUGUGAGCUUGGGUUGAAUUUAUUUCUUGAGGCAGCCAAAUGGAGCACAAUAUGCUCUGGUUGCGUGCCUAGAAAGUUGACGAAAAGAGUUAUUUGUUAUUGUUCCUAGAAAAUAAAAAACUGUGUCCAGCUCGAUUAAUCUAAAGUACAGUAUGUAAGUGAGUGGAUUCAUAUGGUUUUUUGGUACCUAAAAAACUCAAAAUGGAGGAUUUAUUCUUUUUCUUCAUCGCAUUGUUUUUCCUUUUUCAGUAAACAAUGGAGCUUGAAUGAAAGGUCGCAGAAAACUUAGAUUUUGUUAGUAUUUUCUUAUGUUCAGAGCUCUUUUCAAUGGCACUAUGUGGAAUUGGUUGGGUUCCAAGGGUGGAAAGUGUUGAAAUAGUGUAUUUUAGUGGGAAUUUGUCAAAAGGACUGAUCAGAUCUAGUCCCAUACGUUUGAUUGGGAAGUCCUCUAGCUCGAAUCAGAGACACUUUUUGGGUGUACGGUGUUCACCAGCAAGAAAAUCUGUAUCAUCGAUGGAAUCCGAAGAAAAUGCUCCGAGUGCUCAAUUGGAUUCUGCGGAGGAAGAAUUGGAGCAUGUUACGAGGUUCAAGAUAUCCGAUUUUAAGAUUAUUGAUCGUGUUAGCAUUGGCCUUGGUGGACGGGCCGAUGAGAUAAUUUUUGAAGCCUCAGUGAAGAAUGCUAAAAGCCCUCUGUAUGAUUCAAGAGUUGUUCUUCGACGGCUUACUACCGCUCAAGCCCAGCGCAGAGGAAAAAGAGCAAUACAGGUGUUGAAGAAGCUAGUUCGUCGGAGACUUAUGUACCAUUCUUACUCAGUACAAGUUCAUGGUUACAUUUCUUCACCUACAAGUAGUGGUCGAGGUUCGUUUACCCUGGUCCAUGGGUAUCAUGGCAGUUUCUCCUUAAGACAUUGGCUUCAACAGUCAGAUUGGCUUCCGACCCUUGAAGCUACUCUUGUAUUGGACGAAGAGUCUGUUAGGAGGGUGGGGGAUGACACAGUAGGAGGGCCUGCAGUUAGUCGGCAAUUGCGCCUUAUUCGAAUAUUGAUGAGGGAUCUUUUGAUUGGAGUGAAUUACUUGCACAGCCAUGGACUUGCCCAUACAGAGUUGAGGCUGGAGAAUGUGCACAUAAGCCCAGUGGAUAGGCAUAUUAAAGUAGGAAUAUUGGGAAAUGCUGCUGACUUUUAUGAGAAUAGUUCAAAUUCUAGUGCUCUGGACAACAACUUGGAUAGGCGACAAAUGAUGAUUGCAUUUGACAUGAGAUGUGUUGGAUUUAUGAUGGCAAAAAUGGUGUUGCGGGAACUCAUGGAUCCCUUAAUCUUUAUGAAGUUCAAAUCAUUUCUCAUGAAGGGAAAGGAUCCUUCAUGCUUGCGGGAAUUUCUUCUAAAAAUCCUUAGUAGGAAUUCCCCAUUGGGAAAUACUGGACUCCAAAUACUGGAUAGGAAUUGGGGUGCAGGUUGGAACCUCUUGUCCUCAUUGCUCGCAACCAAACCUUCCAAAAGAAUAAGUUGUUUAGAUGCUCUUAGACACCCUUUUCUUUGUGGUCCAAGAUGGCGGGUAGUCCCAUCCAUGGAUAUAAUCAGAUGGGGUCUUGGUUCUACUGCUGUAAGGAUUACCGAGGAAUACAUUUAUGGCCAACAUCAGCGUAGUAGGCUUUCCUACUUCAUCGAGUUGAUGGAAAUGCUGAAUCCUAACUCAAAGCCAAAGAACUGGCUGGACUUGCUCCCUGGAAAAUGGCGGUUAGUGUACUGUACUGGGAGGCACAUAGGCUUGACGCUCCGCCAGCCACCUGCCCGAGUCCUCAUUGGUGACGUGCACCUGAGUGUGUCAAGAGCAUCAAAGUUGAACACCGAUCUGUCAUUCACCUCAGACAUUGGAUUCACAGUCAUGAUUGGUCGGGAUUGGCCCCAUGACAAGACUGGCAUAAUUGGAAAAUUGCAAGUAGACUCGUUAUUCAGAUUAACUGCUGGAAGACGGCUGUAUCUUAAGGAAGAAAAAACCAAAGGAAACUUCACCAUGGAUCCAUCAAAUGUUCAAGAUUCUCUGGCUAAGAAAUUAUCAGGUAAAAAAUGGAGGAAGGCAAUCCCUUUUAAGGAGUUUCCAUCAAGCCUUCCAGUGGCCAAACUUGCUUCAGGAGACAUCGAGGUGAUAAUGAAUCUUGUUGAUGCAUUGAAUCAAGAUGUCGAGACUGCAAGAAACAUAGUGCAGGAAGUUCGGACACUACUACCACCCGAAAUGUUUGAUUUGUCAAAGCUUGUAUGUGGAACAUAUGUGGACUCCAGGCUGCUAGUCCUGCGUGGGGUGAAUGGUUCAGCCCUAUUAUUCACAAGGUCUUGUGUCGAUGAAAGCAGUAGAUAACACUAUUGUUAAUAUAAGUGUAAAUAUCUGUUGUCUCAUUUGAUUAUCUUAUUCUGUAAUUAAUUAUUUUUUUCACUGCUAAAGGAAAGGGAAUGACUGAAAGCUA